UAUAUAUAUAACCGCAUGUAAUUGAACGUCCUCGUGAACUAUUUACUUUGUUUAUACCACACAAUACUAAAAAUGAAGAGUAAAACUAAAAAAGGAAAUAAGGCAAUUAGUAAUAUCCAGAACAACAAUAGUGAAAUCGAAGAACUCAAAAAGAAGUAUGAUUCGAUGCCGGCUGAAACUGAAAUUAAAAAAUUUAUGGAUAUGCCGCUCUCUCAAAAGACUCAAAAAGGAUUGUCGGAAUCCAAAUAUAUUGUUCCAACAGAUAUACAGCGGAAAAGUAUAUUGCCAGCAUUACUCGGAAAGGAUGUAAUGGGAACUGCGAUAACUGGAAGUGGAAAAACACUGGCCUUCCUCAUCCCCGUUAUUGAACAUUUAUACAUGAACAAAUGGUCACGUACCGAUGGCGUAUGUGCGAUUGUUAUUUCACCAACGCGCGAGCUAGCGUAUCAAAUAUUCGAGACAUUAAAGCGGAUUGGAAAAUACCAUGAUUUUUCUGCUGGACUCAUCAUUGGUGGGAAAAACCUGAAGUUUGAACGAAGAAGAAUGGAUCAGUGCAAUAUAUUAAUAUGUACGCCUGGUAGACUGCUGCAACAUAUGGAUGAAAAUCCAUUAUUUAAUGCAAGUACUCUUGAAGUUUUGGUAUUGGACGAGGCUGACAGAUGUUUGGAUAUGGGAUUUGAGGAGACCCUUAACUCCAUUGUUGAAAAUUUCCCAACAGAGCGCCAAUCAUUGUUAUUUUCUGCUACCCAAACUAAAUCUGUAAAAGAUAUUUUGCGACUUAAUUUACGUGACCCAAUUUUUAUUGGUAGUGAAAAAACUAAGUCUGAGGACAUAAUACCGGUAUUGUUACAACAAAACUAUGUUGUAAUUAAAUUGGAGGAUAAAAUUACAAUGUUGUGGUCAUUUUUAAAAAAUCACCUUAAGCAAAAGAUUAUUGUAUUUUUUUCCAGUUGUAAACAGGUGAAAUAUAUCUUUGAAAUAUUUUGUAAACUUCGUCCUGGUACCAGUUUGCUGGCUCUUUACGGCACUCUUCAUCAAGAUCGAAGAAUUGCAAUAUACAAUGAUUUUACACGCAAAAGCAAUGUUGUAUUAUUUGCUACCGAUAUUGCAUCGCGUGGUUUGGAUUUUCCAACAGUAAAUUGGGUUGUGCAAAUGGAUUGCCCAGAAGACGCAACACAAUACAUACAUAGAGCUGGAAGGACAGCGAGAAACCAGGCGCGUGGAGAAAGUCUCCUUGUCUUGACACCUUUCGAGGAGCCAGGCAUGAUAAAAGAGCUGCAAAGCCGAAAUAUACAAAUUCAAAAGAUACAUAUUGAUCCACAGAAACUCUUUUCACCAAGAUUGAAGAUAGAAGCCGCUUUAGCACAAAAUACAGAACUGAAAGCAACCGCGCAACGUGCCUUUGUAUCAUAUAUUAAAUCUAUAUUCCUUAUGAGAAACAAAGAUAUAUUCGAUGUGUUCAAAUUAAAUCUUGAAAGCUACGCCAAAUCACUUGGACUCGCUGUUACUCCGAGAGUACGCUUUCUAGAGCGGCUAUUAAAGAAAACCACUUCCAUAUCAACAACUUUGGCUGAGCCAAACGGUUUUAUUCAAGAAGAUUCUGAUAAUGAGGAUUUCUUUAAAGUUAAACGAAUCGAUCACGAACUUGUAAAUGACACAAAUGAUGUUGUGGUAGAUCUUCCUAAAAAAAGCAAAGUCUUAUCCAAAGCUGCUGUGGCGAAAAAAGCGAUAAGAAAAAAAAUUCAAGCAAAUGAAAAAAUUAAUUUCGAUGAUGAUGGCAAUGUUAUAAUUGAUAAGAGAAAGCAACUGCAAUCUGAACUGCCUACGGAAUAUGAAAAUAAUGCUGGAGGAAUAAAUAUUGAGGUUGCGAGAAAAAUUUUAUCAGAAGAAGAUAAAUUUGAUAAAGAACGAUUUAGAGAACUUGUUAAAAAUCGUCAUAAGAAACAAAAAGAUAAGUUGAAAAAACUUGUUGACGAAAACUCCCAAAGCGAUUUCGAGGAUAGUGCAAGCGAUAAUGACGUGGAUUUAUCCUGGUUACCAGAUCCUGAUAAAGUGUACAAUUCAAACCAAAAGCCAGAUGAAUCAAAAGAAACAUCUGAAAGUGAUAGCGAGGAAGACAUUGAAGAGCCUUCCCAUAAAAAAGUGAAGUUGACUUCGAAACUAACAUUAAAUGAUGCUGAAUCGAUAGCUGCACAACUUUUAGCUAAUAAAAUGUAGUUUCUAUACAAAUGGUUUAAAUUUAGAAUGUGUAAAUAUUGGAAAAAAGUAAAAUUAAAUUUACCAUCUACACAU